AAAUCGUUCGUGUGUGCGCACGCAAACACAGGCCCGUCAGUCAUCCGUCAAACGGCCGAAAGAGAGGAAGCGGCCCCGGUUUGCGUCGAUCGGCCAGUCAAAGUAAACAAAGACGCUCACACUGCGACCGUUCCACUGGCGAUGACGAUGAGUUCCUACAGCACGGUGGACAUGCUGCUCGUGGUGCUGGUGCUGCUGCUCCUUACCCCCGUCCUGCAGUGGCUAAUCCGGCGUGUACAGAUGAGCCAGAUUUACGACAAGAUACCCGGCCCGAAAGCGUACCCGUUCGUUGGCACGCUGUAUUUGCUGUUUGGCAAAAAGUCUCACGAGAUAUUCACGCUGAUCGAUCAAAGAACGCGCCAGUACGAUGGCAUUCAUCGCAUCUGGGUCGGGAUGACGCCGGAGGUGCGGCUGAGCCGGGCCGAGUACGUCGAGCAGAUCAUCGGUGCGAGCAAGCACACGGAAAAGGCCACACUGUACCGCUUUCUGGGCGACUGGCUCGGGGAAGGUUUGCUCACGUCCAAAGGCGAACGGUGGUUCCAGCACCGGAAGCUCAUUACGCCCACCUUCCACUUCAACAUACUGGACGGCUUCUGCGAGGUGUUUGCCGAGAAUGGGGCCGUGUUGGUUGAGCGCCUGCAGCGCCACGCCAACACUGGUCAGCCGGUCAACAUCUAUCCCUACGUAACGAAGGCGGCGCUAGAUGUAAUUUGCGAAACGGCAAUGGGUGUACAGGUGCACGCACAAACGGCCGGCGAAGACAACGCGUACGUGAACGCCGUCUACGAAUUAAGCUCGCUGUUUCUGGAGCGGCUGGUGCGUCCCUGGCUGCACCCGGACUGGACAUUCCGCCGCUCGGCACUGGGUCGCCGACAGGCGCAACUCCUUGCGAUACUGCACGGUUACACGCGCAAGGUUAUUCAAGAGAGGCGACGUACAUUGGACCAGCAGCACGCAGGGGAGCGCAAUCAACCGGAGGCAGAGGGUGAUGGUCUGGGACGUCGCAAGCGGUUGGCCUUUCUCGAUCUGCUGCUGCAAAGUGCCACCACGGGCACGGGCAGCCCGCUGCUGACCGAUGAAGAUGUGCGCGAAGAGGUCGAUACGUUCAUGUUCGAAGGCCACGACACGACGACGGCGGGGAUGAGCUGGGCCCUGUUUCUGCUCGCCCUCCAUCCGGAGGUGCAGGAGCGCGUCCAUCAGGAAAUUGAUUCCAUCUUUGGCGGAAGCGACCGACCCGCCACGAUGCAGGACCUGACCGCGAUGCGGCUGCUCGAGCGCUGCCUGAAGGAAACGUUGCGCCUCUACCCGUCCGUCGCGUUCUUCGGCCGCACCACCAGCGAGGACGUCACGCUCGGCGGGUAUCACGUGCCGGCCGGUACCAUCGUCGGCAUCCACGCGUACAACGUGCACCGGGACGAGCGAUUCUUCCCGGAUGCGGAAACCUUCGAUCCGGAUCGCUUCCUGCCCGAGCGCACCGCGGAAAACCGCCACCCGUACGCGUACAUCCCGUUCAGUGCGGGGCCGAGAAACUGCAUCGGCCAGAAGUUUGCCCUGCUGGAGGAGAAGUGUCUUGUUUCGUCCAUCCUGCGCCGGUUCCGCAUCCGGUCGCACCGGACGCGCGCCGAACAGCUUAUCGUGAAUGAGCUAAUUACCCGACCGAAGGAUGGCAUACUGCUCUAUCUGGAGGAGAGAGAGUGGUGAGCUAGAACGAUCGAUUCAGUUUCGGGGAAGGUGUGGUUUUUCUCUCCCUGCACAAGACGAUGAGGAUUAAAGUGCUUAAUAGAAGCGAGCGAUGCCUUGCACGGAUGCUUCCACGGCUCCGAAUUUCUCCUUCAUCUGGCCCGGACCUGUGACAGCUGCAAAGCCGAUAAUCCAAGGUGCAUUAAGCGUAUAAAAUAUUCAACCUUCGCCGCACAUUGCACCGGCGCUGGGGGACAGUAAAGUUAAUUAUUUCAUUUCUCAAACCAAACCGCCACGAACGGUCAAAAGCAAACACAAACACACACACAUACACAGAGCGACAUGUUUCUGUUCCCUCGGGACGAUACGCGAAAUGGGAGCUACCGGAUGCUGCGCUGGUUUUUGGGUCCCAGAGAAGGAAGAGGAUGAGGACAGGCCACGUUGGUAUGUUGAUUAUUCAGUCCAAUUCUUAAAUUUGCAUUGCAACCGACUCCCAGAGGGGGGCGGUAGCUGGAAUGUACCCAGCCAGUGUUUUGUCGCUGGAAGGUGGUAGGUGGGGCGGACACGGGAAAUUCAUCUGAAAUGCAAACAAAUUGUGAUUGCAAAAGUACGAAACGGUGUGGAGCGAGAGAAAAAAGGAGAACAGAAAAAGUACACAAACACACACACACAGAGCACAAUAAAAUGGCAACAAUGGAGCACCGUGUUAUUCGGGAGUGGUGAAUGGUGGGACAGAAGUUUAAAAGUCAAUAUACUGCAGCAGCACAGCACUGGGA